GGCCCACGGAAGUAGCGCUUGCUAGCAUCUCCAUUACCUUAGUGUGCGAGCGGGCAGCUUGAAGCCAAACAAGAGUUUCUUUGAUCACUGACUUUGGUUAUUCAUGACUGUCACUGCAAUCUCAACGCGACUGGACUGAAAGAAAGAGCGCACAGCCAUGUGCAGCUGUGUGCGGAGCUCCAGGGCUCUGUCCCCCACUGCCCUGCUCCCCAGGCUGCUGCACCCUCACACGGGCUACGCACUGGCUGGCAGGGGCCUGUGGACCUCCCCUAUCUGCAUGGCUGUGAGCGGCGACACCCACCAGCCGCUGCCACUUCCCAGCCAGGCCCGUGUGGUGAUCUGCGGAGGAGGGAUCGUGGGCACGUCAGUGGCGUAUCACCUGGCCAAGCUGGGCUGGACUGACAUUGUGCUCCUGGAACAGGGACGACUGGGCGCCGGAACAACCAAACUAUGCGCCGGCAUCGUCAGCGUGGCCAAGCCCAUCUCUAUCGAGUGCCAGAUGGCAAACUACUCCAUCGCUCUGUACCAGCAGCUGGAGCAGCAGACGGGGGUCAAAACAGGCUACGUGAAGACGGGUUCUCUGUGCUUGGCUCAAAAUCAGGACCGCUUCAUCUCGCUGAAGCGCCUAGCGUCGAGGCUCAAGGUGAUGGGGGUCAGCUGUAACGUGGUCAAACCUAAAGACGUGGCCAAACUCCACCCCAUGGUUAACAUUCACGACCUGGUGGGGGCGCUACAUCUGCCCGCGGACGCCGUGGUGUCGCCGCCGGAUGUCAAUCACGCGUUGGCCGUGGCUGCAGCCGGACAAGGCGUCCAGAUCCUGGAGAGAACCAGCGUUCAGCAAGUCCUGGUGGAGAAGGGUCACGUGAUGGCGGUGGAGACGGACCGCGGCUCCAUCGAGUGCGAGUAUUUUGUCAACUGUGCUGGACAGUGGGCGUAUGAGCUGGGCCAGGCAAGCGAGACCAAAUUGUCAGUUCCUUUGCACGGCUGCGAACACUUCUACCUCCUCACCAAACCUCUCCAGGAGGAGCUCCCGGCCAGCACGCCAGUGGUGAUCGACAUGGACGGGAGGAUAUACGUUCGCCCGUGGCAGGGAGGCCUGCUGUCAGGGGGCUUCGAGAAAAACCCCAAGCCCAUCUUCACGGAGGGCCGCAACCAGCUGGAGAUCCAGAACAUGCAGGAGGACUGGGACCACUUUGAGCCGAUGCUCAGCGCCCUGCUGAGGAGAAUGCCGAGCCUCGAGUCCGCCGAGAUCCAGCAGCUGGUCAAUUGCCCCGAGUCCUUCACGCCGGACAUGCGCUGUCUGAUGGGGGAAACGCCGGGGGUGUCGGGCUACUACGUACUGGCGGGGAUGAACUCCUCCGGACUGGCCUUUGCUGGCGGGGCUGGCAAGUAUCUGGCAGAGUGGAUGACCUACGGUUACCCCACCGCCAACGUCUGGCCGCUGGACAUCAAGCGCUUCGGCAACCUGCAGAGCAGCCGCACGUUCCUACGCCACAGAGUCAUGGAAGUCAUGCCCUUGUUGUAUGAACUGAAGGUCCCUCGCUGGGACUUCCAGACGGGGCGUCAGCUGAGGACCAGUCCCCUGUAUGACCGCCUGGACACCCAGGGGGCUCGCUGGAUGGAGAAACACGGCUUUGAAAGGCCAAAGUACUUUGUUCCUCCAGGCAAAGAUCUCCUGUCUCUGGACCAGAGCAAAACCUUCUACAAGCCCGACUGGUUUGACAUUGUCGGCGCCGAGGUGAAGUGCUGCAAGGAGGCCGUGUGCGUGAUCGACAUGUCGUCCUUCACCAAGUUUGAACUGACGUCCUCCGGCGGCGAGGCCCUGGAGUUGCUGCAGCACCUGUGCGCCAACGACCUGGACGUUCCGGUAGGUCACAUUGUCCACACGGGAAUGCUGAACCAGAGAGGCGGCUACGAGAACGACUGCAGCGUGGUGCGCAUCAGCAAGAACAGCUUCUUCAUCAUCUCCCCGACAGACCAACAGGUCCACUGUUGGUCCUGGAUCAAGAAGCACAUGCCCAGUGACCCACACCUCCACCUAGAGGAUGUCAGCUGGAAAUACACUGCUUUGAAUCUGAUCGGACCUCGUGCCAUGGACGUCCUGGCGGAGCUCUCUUACGUCUCCAUGACGCCCGACCACUUUCCCUCCAUGUUCUGCAAGGAAAUGAGCGUCGGCUACGCUAACGGGAUCCGGGUGAUGAGCAUGACUCACACGGGCGAGCCAGGCUUUAUGCUGUAUAUCCCCAUCGAGUAUGCGCUGCAUGUGUACAACGAGGUCAUCUCGGUGGGCCAGAAGUACGGCAUCCGCAACGCUGGCUACUACGCCCUGCGCAGCCUCCGCAUCGAGAAGUUCUUCGCCUUCUGGGGUCAAGACCUGGAUGCCUUCACCACCCCGCUGGAGUGUGGGCGGGAGUUCCGGGUCAAGUUUGAUAAAGACACGGACUUCCUCGGCCGCGACGCUCUGCUGCAGCAGCGCCACGACGGCGUCUCCCGCCGCUUCGUCAUGCUGGUCCUGGAGGACCACGACACCGAGCUGGACCUGUGGCCCUGGUGGGGCGAGCCCGUCUACCGCAACGGCCAUCUGGCGGGGGCUACCACCAGCAGCGCCUACAGCUACACGCUGGAGCGCCACGUCUGCUUGGGCUUCGUGUCACCGCCGCCUGGUCCCGACGGCCUCCCCGCCGCCAUCACGCCAGACUUCAUCAACCGCGGCGACUACGAGGUGGACAUCGCCGGCCAGCGCUACCCGGCCAAAGCCAAACUCUACCCCUUCAGCUCGCUCCUCACGCAGCAGAAGAGGCGCAAGGAGGACCUGGAGCUGAGCAACCUGCAGGGGAAGUGACGUCCGCCCCUCACGUCCCCACGUGUGCACUCCAUGUUUUACGUCCUUCAAAGUGCAAUACUCCACAAGGCACCAAACGUCACCGUGUGGAGGCAAAGGUGCCUUUGUGAAGGCAGCGUACGCUGAUGCUGGAAGGAGGAAGAGACUUGAAAAUGAAGCCGUUUGCCCGUCGCUCCUUUGUUUGCAGUGUAACGUCUCAUCCAAAACCGCAUUCACAAUUUCAUGCUUUUUCGACGAGUCCAAAGAAACCUGCCAUGCGAGUAUUAAGACCACACUGCAAAGAAGAUCAUAGUAAAAGUACCAGCAGAAAUCACCACCGCUAAGACGCAAUAUUAGCAGCUCUUUCCCCCUCAUAUCACAACUUUAUUCUUAGUUGUUUAUUUUGUUCCUGUAGUCUUAUUCGUACAAAAUUGCACCUUUUUUUGGUCAUUUUUGUAAUACAACUAACUGUUCUCUCGAAUGAGAAAGAAAAUUCCUUUUUUCUUAGUUAUGACACAUUUUUGUCGUAAUAUGACAGUUUGGUGAUAUUUAUUUCUGUAAUACAACAAAUGAUCAAGAAAUAAUUCAUCUAAAAUAAGUGCUAAAAUGUAAAAAGAUCAAUAUUAUUAACAUUAGAAAAUAACACUUUCCAUGAGAUUACGACUUUUACCUCAUACUACAUUUUCUUGUUCCGAAUAAUACGUAAUAUUACAAUUAAAUUCAUAAUUAGGAUGAUAUAAUUAAUGUAUUUUAAGUCAGCAACGUUAUAUGUAUGGUCAUAAACCUCUUAAAAAUCCCGGAAACUACGACUUAAGUCGCAUAAAAUUCCGUCUUACAACUUACAUGUAAUAUUAAAACACAAAAUAAUUACAACUCAAAAAAAAUAAAACAAAAAAGAAACAUUACAUGUAUGGUCAUAACGGUCAUAACGAAAAACAUUUUAACUACAGGUAUGGUCACAAAAUUCUUAGAAAUCCUGAAAGCUAAAGCAAAAAGUUGUUUCAAAAUAAAGUAAAAAAAAAAAAAAUCCUGGAAACUACAACUUCAAUCUUGUAAACCCUGUUAGAACGCAUACAUUAAAAAAUCUAAAAAAACAGGACAUGUAUGGACAUAACAUUCUUAGAAAUCUUGGAACUAAAGCAAAAAGUUGCUAAAAAUAAGGAAAAGUCCUUGUUGCAACUAAUAUUUAAUGUGAAAACAAAAUGUAAUUAAAAAUGAUAGCUCCUAUAAUAAUAAAAAAACCUGAAACAUAACACAAAAGGCCAUUAAAACUACUGGAAACUAUGACUUCAGUCUUGUCACCAAUUGCACAUAAUAAUAACAUUUUAUUCCAAAUCAUGAUUAUGAAAAUAUGCAUUACUAUGGUCAAAAAUGUUAAAAACCCUUCAAUGCACCAUUUAAAUCAAAUUCUUUCUUCUUAUUUUUUGGAGAAUUAAUAUGUAAAGUUGGGGUGGAAGUCCCCUAAUUAGCUUUAAAAAAGGUUUGGUUUUGGUUGAAAAUGACAUAAAAUGUUCUGAAGGAAAACCCAAACGUUACAUUUGAACUUUUUGUUGUUUGGAGCGUGGCCUUAAUGUUGCUUUGCAGGGAACACACGGAGUCUCUCGGGGGAGAGAAAAGUCAAGGUUGAAAGCGACAAACGUUUUGUGAUGUGGUGAAACUUUUAUUGUGAUGUCUUUUCCGUCAGCAAUGUGCAGCGUCACUUUUUUUUGUAGUCAAAGAAAUCCACGCACGCCUUCAACGGCAUCAAAAGAGUUGAAAAGUUGAUCAAGUGUGGCUUUAAUGGCGUGGAUGAAAAGGAAAGUGGAAGACAACUUCUUUUCAUCGUGCUCCAAAUUUUUUUUUUUUUUUUUUUUUUUAAGGAAUAUUUCUUUUUCCCUUCGCUAUGAUCUUGGAAUUAAUCUGCCCUUUAAUGUUGGAGGAACGCAAACACGUUUUUCAUCUUUCACGUUUUAACUACCAGACGAGUCCACUUGUUUUGGUUCAUGCUUGGCUGAUCAAGGGCUACCCUAUCCUCCACCUCAUCUGAUAUGUACCGUAUGGCAUCCAUUACACUUCACAUUGAUCCACUGUACUGUAUGCAUCACAUGCAUUACACAAACAAAGGUUGAAUUCAUCAUGUAGAAAUACAUCAAAUGUGUUUACUAAAUCAUUGGGAAAAAAUAUAUGAAUACAAGAAAGACUUUACAUUAAAACAAUAUAUUAUACACAUCAAACUUUGAAUAAAAAAAUAAAAUAAAAAAUUAUAUGUGCAUUUUUGCACAUGGGUUCAAA